UUUGAAUUCUCGCACAUGCCUUUUGACAAAUGCAGUAUAAAUACUCAAAACCAUAUAAGGCAGUAAUUCUCAGGCUCAUCAACAACAUUGAUCAUAUAGCUCAUAAGCAUUUGAUCACCACAAUCUCUCUCGAUCCUAUACUCAAUACAAAACUUCAAACUUUUCACCAGCAAUCAAAACACAUCAUCAGAAGAUGGGAAGAGCUCCAUGCUGCGAGAAAAUGGGGUUACAGAGAGGUCCAUGGACGCCUGAAGAGGAUCAAAUCUUGAUCUCUUUUAUUCACAAACAUGGUCAUAGUAACUGGCGAGCCCUCCCUAAGCAAGCUGGACUUUUGAGAUGUGGAAAAAGCUGUAGACUUAGGUGGAUGAACUAUUUAAAACCUGAUAUAAAAAGAGGCAAUUUCACCAAAGAAGAGGAGGAUGCUAUCAUUAGCUUGCACCAAGUCCUUGGCAAUAGAUGGUCAGCGAUUGCAGCAAAAUUACCAGGAAGAACGGAUAAUGAGAUCAAGAACGUAUGGCACACUCACUUGAAGAAAAGACUCGAAGAUUACCAACCCGCUAAACCUAAGAGCAGCAAUAAGAAGCAGGGUACUAAACCUAAAUCUCCAUCCGCAGCGGCGAAACUGAACAGUACUAGAAGUGAAUCGGAGCUUGGAAAUUCAUCAAACCCUUCUUUUGAAAGCUUGUUCUCGGCAUCACCUUCGACAAGUGAUGAGGUUUCUUCUGUGACACUCAUGAGCCACGAAGGCCAUAACAACGAGGCUAAGAUGGAUAACAAAUUGGGAGACAUCAGUACUGCGGACCAAGAUUGUUUUUCUUUCGAAAAUUUUGGAGCAGAUAUCGACGAGAGCUUUUGGAACGAGGCGCUAUAUAGUCAAGAUGAACAUAAUUACGCGUCGAAUCUUGAAGUGACUGGUUUUGAUGAUGAGACACAACAAGAGUUUCAGCAGUUAGGCUCCGUUGGAAAUGAGAUGGUUUUCGACAGUGAGAUGGACUUCUGGUACGAUGUAUUCGUGAGAACUGGAGGGGAGCAAGAACUAUUAGCUGGGAUAUAAUUAAUUAAUUGUUCGACAGUGUCCGUAAAACUUUAGUUGUAUUAGUUUGGUUGUAGGUAAGUCGGUUGUAACGGUAAAGUUGUUACUUGUUAGUGUAAACUUUUUUGCAAAAACUUUUGUUGUAAUUAGAUGUGUUGUAGUUGUAAGUUAUAGGUCGUAGAUAUUUUAAAAUAAAAUAUGUAAUGUAUCUAUAAAAUAAUUAUAUUUAUCAAUUAAAAUCAUUUAUAUUAAUUAUUUUAUAUAUUAUCAAAGUUUACUGUUAUUUAAAAUGUGAUAUUUAAAUAAUAUUUAUGUUGUCUAAAAUAUUUCAAUAAUUUAAAAAACACCCAAAAUUAAAUUAAAAUAUUUUUAGAUGGUAUUUAUUAUGAUUAUCUAAUUUCUUUGAUAUUAUAGAUUUUUUUUUUCAUUUUACAGAUUUUACCGCCUAUAAAGAAGGAUGUAGGUUUUUUAACCAAAAUACAUAAGAAACAAUUUUGCUUUAGUUUUUUGCUGUAACUUUAAAAAUAAAGUUAAAAAAUGAUUGGUAUAUUUAAUAGAAACUUGAUAUGGGUUUUCACUUUUAAAAAUAAAGUUACAACAUAACUGGUAAAAUUUAAUGAUUUAAAAAUAAAUAAAGCGAAAAUAUAGAUAUAAA